AUGCUGCCGCCACCCAGCUUUCGCCUCCCUACGCCGCUCACAGCCACUAACCAAUUGUUGCCCGCGCCACCCACAACCUCCGUCCACAAUGUCGGCAGCCGCCGCCGGGCCAGCAAUCCCAUCGACCGAUGCAAGCGCGUGGGAAACCACGUCGCCCCGAGGCCAAUGCCCUGCCGCCCAAGCGACACCGAGCUCCGGAGCACCCCACCCGCCAGCGCAGAGACGCCGCCGCCGAGUGCCCCCACCACCAGCCCGGGGCCCUCGCCCCGGCGUCCAGGCUCCGCCGCGAGCUGUGACCGGAGGAUCCCCGCCUCCCUUUGCGAGAAGGGCCCGACGCCACCGUAG